AUGGCUGGUACUGCAACGAUGGCGACUUCCUCGCCCAUUCCUCACACAGACUCGUCACAUCCCUCCAACCCUAUCCCCGAAGAACCUCUCAAAACACGUGCCGUGUCAAUAACAGCAUUGAGUCAGCAGUCUGUAGAGUCGAGUCUCAACACUGUCUUCACCAACGACAAUUCUUCAGAUAUCGACACCACGCCCUCGACACCUAUGAGCGACCAAGACUCGGACGGGUCAGUGCAAGAGCUCUCAGAUCGACAGCAUGGACAGAAGUCUCGAAGAAGAAGGCGUGCCUCCACUAUGUUGGUUUCGCAGGACACACCAGAUGCAAAAUUGUUCCUCCAAGGCGAAGGUGGUGCUACUCAAAUGUUCCAGAAAGCCUGUUGCGGGGGCGGUUGCUGCAUGUUGAAAGAGCUCAAGCAGCGCCCCGCUCUAACUUCGCGUGACUCGGUUCGUGAGCCAAACACUCAUGCAUACACAAGCCUCAACCUACGACUCAAUGCUGCGCUAGGUCUGGAAAGCGAGUUGACUGAAUUAGCCGAGCUGCCUGAGAAGACUGUUUCAUUCGAGUCUUUAAAGGCAGACAGCUCUACACAAGCCACUCAGCACGACAAACACCCCCCAAAUUUUGUGAAACCUCAUCCUCCUUAUGACGUCUUCUCCGCACCACUUUACCAUGCAAGAGAACUUACCAAGGCUGGAGCUGAAAAGAGAACAUUUCACUUCGAUAUUGACGUGACAGAUUAUCCAGAAGAAGGAGGAGAUGUCGAGUUUCGUGUGGGAGGUGCUAUUGGUGUGUGUGCACCCAAUGACCCCAAGUUGGUCGAUCAGAUCUUUGACAGACUCGGUGUCCCAAAGUUUGUGCGGGAUAAGCCAGUACUGCUCAAGACAACCAAGGGUCGGUGGCCGACAAUCUGGGGAGAGGAUGAAGCACGUGAACUGGUCACAACACGACGAGAACUUCUCACUUGGUGCACAGAUAUACAGUCAUACCCUCCUACGAAACAGCUUUUCCGCCUCUUUGCCGAACAUGCAUCUGAUGCUGACGAGAAGCAAAUUUUAUACUACCUGAGCUCAGCCCAAGGUCAAGCAACAUUCUGUGACCUGAGAACCGGGCCCUACCUUACCCUAUUACAGCUAUUGCACGCUUUUCCAUCCUCGAUGCCUCCAUUGGAAUACCUUUUGGGUACUUUGAACCAGCUUAUGCCUCGCUUCUAUUCACUCUCUCAGGACCCGCUUGUCUCACACGAGCGCGAAGGUGACAAGGGUAGACGUCUGAUCGAGGUUGCCGUAUCCGUCCACGAGUCUGCGGAUUGGCAAGGAGGCAACAGGACUGGUGUAGGCUCUGGUUUUCUAGAACGCUUGGCUAUGCAAGUGGUUGAGGCUGAGAAGAACGGUAUUGACCCGAAAGACCUCGAUCUGCGAGUGCCCAUGUUCAGAGGUUUAAUGGCCAAUCCUCUGGCCCGUCAAUUUGUGACUGACGGGCCCAUGUUACUCAUCGGAGCAGGUGUUGGCGUCGCACCUUUCCGUGGGUUUGUACACAGGAGAUUGAAGUCCGCCAACUGCGCCAACAAAGUCUGGGUUCUUCAAGGUGUCCGUGACAGCCUUGUGGAUGAGCUCUACGCCGGUGAUUGGGGUGUUCACGAGGACAAAGUGAAGAAAGUCGUGCAGUCACGAAAGGCGGAAUCGAGAUAUGUACAGGAAGAAGUCAGAGCGCAAGCGGACCUGGUAUGGUUCAUCAUUAAUGCGCUUGAUGGACGUGUAUUUGUAUGUGGAAGCUCGAAGGGUAUGGGUGAAGGCGUGGAGGCCGCUCUCAUCGACGUUGCCAUUGGCAAAGGUGGUCUCAACAAGGAUGAGGCCAAGGCAUUCUGGGAAGAAAAGAAGGAAGCUGGACAAUACAUUGCCGAAACAUGGUAA